AUGGAUGCUGCUGCUGAGAGAAUGGAUGAAGCAGAGGAACGCAUUGAUCUUUCCAAGCUCGGGUUUGAGAUUACCAUUCCGAACCCUUCUACUAGUGCUGAGACUCCCAAGGGAGAAGAGGAAGGGUGUGACUGUUGCGGAUGUCGUUGCGACGAUGACAAUGGAGGCAGUGGAGAUCAGAAGCCACUGGUAGCAGAAGAAGAUACGUUCAGUCCGAGGCUCUUGACUGCUGCGACUAACGAAUCCAUUGCUCAUCUUGAGGAAGACGAUCCUUCCCAAGGAAAGCUCGAAGGGACUUUGUUGCGUCAUCCUCUGGAUGUGUCCGAGCUGGGGUACUAUGACGAGGACAUUCCGGAACAUACCAUUCCCAGCAGCUUUCGCCGCCAACAAGGUAUCCCCACCAGUCCAGAUGAGCAACAGCAGCAGCAACAGCUCGGUUAUGAUGCUGUUGACGACGACGUUUUCAAUCCCGCAGAGCUUCCCAGCAGAGCUCAGUUGGGAUACGACGAUGAACCCUCCGUGCUCUCGGCAGCAGCAGCAGCAGCGCUUUCUCAAGGACGUCCCAUUCGAAGCCGCAGGGCUUCCGCUGUAUCCACUCGUCGGCAGUCCAUGAGCUCUCAUCGUCGAUCGACUGCUAGCAGUGCCACCACAUCGAAUUCGUCCUUCUGGAGAGAAGAAGAGGAAUGGGAGAGAGUAAACUCAUGUGCGGUUCCUCCUCCUCCACCAACGCCACCACCGUUCCAGCGCUCUCAGACAUCCAACAGUCAUCAGAUGACUCGUCGUCUGAGUAUGAUGAGUCAACGCAGUUCUCUCCAAGGCUCCGUAGGACAUGCAUCCACCACCAACCGUACCAUGAGACGGCUCUCCAUUGGCAAGACGCCCCAGCGCUUGUCGAUGCCCGGGCAGCACGACAAUGACGACGCGAAGCGCACAAUGAUAACCUCGAGAUCGGAUCACCAUCACCACCAACAGCAGCAUCACAACAACAGCCACUACAAAGCCCUCCAAGACUUGGCAGCGGCGGCCAGCGACCUUUUAGAUUCGCGUUCUCGCUUGCCGUCUCGGGUCUCGCUGGAGUACGACAAUGACGAUGGCUCUACCAUUCAAGAGAAAUCCAGAGUGCCAAGACGGGUCUCGCUCCAGUUCUCCACUGGCAGUAUCGGAGGACAAUCGUCUUCCUCGUUUCGUAAUAAUAAUAGGCGGAACAGCGGAGGCCGGAUGCCUCGAAGGGUCUCUCUGGAAUUCCAGCAAUCUUGUGUCUCUCCUGGUCGUGGUGGCGGCGAUGAAGAGGACUCGUUCUUUUCUCCUCCAAUGUUGCAGAGAAGAGGAUCGCUGGACUUUUCCGUCAGGACCUCGUGUUUGCCAAGAAGACAAUCGAAGCCGAAUCCAGAAGAUUGCACUUCUUCACACAAGAAAUACCAGCGCCGCGCUUCCACCGGAGCAGGAUGGCUCGCAUCAUCAUCUUCUGCCACCACCAAGGGGUCCGCAUUCACUCGAUUCAGCUCGGGUUCUUCCAGGAGCAAUACGAGGAUGAUCUACGACCGCUGUCCUCCGCCGCCACAUCACUCCCCGCAGCCACAUGAAGACAACGUCGAGGAGACUCCUGAGGGAGAGCCAUUGAUGGAUUCUAGUACCAGGACAACCUCGUCUCGUAGGUCGCUGGCCCGCGGCAUUCCAAGAAAGCAAAUUGGGUCCAUGAAAACAGCUACAACGACUGCAAUGGAGCUCCUGGCGGUUGCAUCCCGUCGCCAUCCCGACGCUCAGGUGGGACGUUCUGCCUGA